AUUGAAAUAAAAGAAGACAAAAGUAUCAAACUUAACUACAUAAGUUCUCACUUUGAUUUAUCUCUGAUUAUGAACAGCUUACCUUUGCAUCUCCUCGACCAAAUUCUUUUCAGAUUGGAACCCAAAUCUCUGGCGAUGAUGAAAUCCACAAAUAGAACUAUCAAUUCGCAUAUAUCUGACCCGCUUUUUGAAUCCGAAUACUUUUCCCGGUUAGAAUCCAGUUUGUAUAACCUUUCCCCCGGUGGCGCCAGAUACGUCAUGUGCCAGCCUUUAGUCUCUUCAUGCAAAUCUAUGUCAAUGGGGGAAAAAGCAAUUCAAGGUAAUUUCCGAUGUUACAUGUUGGGGUCAUGCUCUGGCCUUCUCCUACUGUACAUCGGUGGCCUCUUCGUCGCAAAUCCCCUCACAAAGAGGUUUCGAUAUUUGGAUCCUUCUGGCUCAAAGUUUAUACCUACGCUAAGUGGUGAUCGCUGGAUUUAUUUGGCACAUCCGGAGAGAGCGAUGUGCGUUGGUUUUGCGGUUGAUCGAAAGAGAUUCAAGAUCGUCUGCAUACUUGAGAUGGAGACGAGGUAUGAAUUCGAAAUCAACGACGGCGAUUCAUGGAGAUUAUCAAAAACGACUAUCAAUGCUGACUCAAAAAGUGAUCUCACCAAGUGGAUGAAACCUGUUUACUUGGAAGGCACUCUUCAUUGGUUGAGAAACGACGGGAGCAUCAUAGCUUUCAAUCCCGAGACAGAGCAAGCACGCUUGAUUCCUUCCGGUUUUCAUCAGGAAGUACCGGAUAUGAAACUGUUACUUGCGGCAGAUGAUAAGAUCAAUCGCUUGACCUUAAUAUCAGGGACAAAACAAACAAUCUCAGUUUACACAUUACUCGGGAAUCUCAAAUGGGGUCUCGCUAGGCGGAUCAAGAACGUAUCUCUGAAAGAAAAUGAGUUGAAUGCUGGAACAUGGUUGUGUACGAUGGCAAGCGUCUUCUGGUGAGGGAGAAGAAAAAGAAUCGUUUAAAUGGUGUAGUUCAUGUGUACGACAUGGAAACUAACAGUUGGGGAGUUUUAGGGUCGAUCAUAUAUACGGCCGGUGCAGUCUGGGACUUCUAUAAGUUUACGCCGUCCUGAUGUCCUGUUGAGGAGGGUGAGCAAAAUUAUAAAGCGAUAGUAGAUUGUAAUGAACAUCGCGUCUUCUAUCUAAUUUCUAUUAUGAGACUCGUUAAUACAACCAAGUAACAGUGAGUUACGUUUUUCAUU